AAGGUGACAACGGUGUCACCUUCUCCUCACCAGGCCAAGAACGCGCUGGCGCACGCGCUGCAGUCGGCCCGGCACGACGGGGACCUUCUGCGGGAGCAGUACGAGGAGGAGACCGAGGCCAAGGCCGAGCUCCAGCGCGCGCUCUCCAAGGCCAACUCCGAGGUGGCCCAGUGGAGGACCAAGUAUGAAACAGAUGCCAUCCAACGGACCGAGGAGCUGGAGGAGGCCAAGAAGAAGUUGGCUCAGCGUCUGCAGGAGGCCGAGGAGGCCGUGGAGGCCGUCAACGCCAAAUGCUCCUCGCUGGAGAAGACCAAGCACCGUCUGCAGAACGAGAUCGAGGACCUGAUGGCCGACGUGGAGCGCUCCAACGCAGCCGCCGCCGCUCUGGACAAGAAGCAGAGGAACUUCGACAAGGUCCUGGCUGAGUGGAAGCAGAAGUUCGAGGAGUCACAGACGGAGCUGGAGGCGUCUCAGAAGGAGGCCAGGGCCCUCAGCACUGACAUCUUCAAGCUGAGGAACAUCUACGAGGAGUCCCUGGAGCACCUGGAGACCUUCAAGAGGGAGAACAAGAAUCUCCAAGAGGAGAUCUCGGACCUCACGGAGCAGCUCGGCGCCGGCAACAAAUCCAUCCACGAGCUGGAGAAGGUCCGGAAACAGCUGGAGGCUGAGAAGAUGGAGCUCCAAGCUGCUCUGGAAGAAGCUGAGGCGUCCCUGGAGCACGAGGAGGGGAAGAUCCUGAGGGGACAGCUGGAGUUCAACCAGGUGAAGGCCGAGUACGAGCGGAAGCUGGGGGAGAAGGAGGAGGAGAUGGAGCAGGUGAAGCGCAACCACCUUCGGGUGGUGGAGUCGCUCCAGACCUCGCUGGACGCCGAGACACGGAGCCGCAACGAGGCCCUCAGGCUGAAGAAGAAGAUGGAGGGCGACCUCAAUGAGAUGGAGAUCCAGCUCAGCCACGCCAACCGCGGCGCCAACGAGGCCCAGAAGCAGGUCAAGGCUCUGCAGGGCUACCUGAAGGUACCUGUCCAUGGGGACGUGGAGGGGUUGGAGGAACCUGAAGGUCCCAUGGGGACGUAGAGGUCAAGGAGGAACCUGAAGAUCCCAUGGGGACAUGGAGGUGUAGGA